AUGCCCGAUGCAAUAAACAUCCCUAAGGAAGAGGCCUUACCGGUGUUGACAGCGAACUUAGUACCAUGUCAUCUUCAGUACAACGGGCCAGCAAAUACCAGAGAGUACUUCACUCCUUCGAAAUCGAUCGAGGUGAACUCUAGUGGAGAAAACGAGCAUAUUGCUCACUUCAGAGGGUUGAAGUUGGUCGGGGAAACGGUUUCUUUUGGCCCACCUGGCUAUAAAGGGUUCUUAAUUAAUAAGAGUGAAUCAAUUGAAUGUGUUGACCAGAACCAAGCUGAAGAGACCUCUCAGGGUGACGAGCAGUUAGCUACGGUCAACACUUAUAACGCAGUUGCUCAAUUUGGUGACUUGAUAGUCUACGGACACGAUUCUAAGGUUGCACCAAACUGCCAAUGGAAGCUCAUGGACGAAUGGACCCAAAUCAGUAAUGUUAUUCACGAUUAA